GUUUCAGGUGUGUUCAAUCAAAUUAGCACACCUGAGGCUUCUUUUCUUGUAAUUCAUGAAACUUCUAAACUUGAUACUUCAGAUUUAUCACUAACAUUUCUUUUUUUUUUCCCAUCUUGCCAGCCUAAGGGAAAGAAGGCUAAGGGGAAGAAGGUGGCACCUGCCCCUUCUGUGGCUAAAAAACAUGAGCCCAAGAAAGUAGUCAACCCCCUCUUUGAAAAGAGGCCAAAGAACUUUGGCAUCGGCCAGGAUAUUCAGCCAAAGCGUGACCUGACACGCUUUGUGAAAUGGCCUCGUUAUGUUCGCCUGCAGAGGCAACGCUCCAUUCUGUACAAGCGUCUGAAGGUUCCCCCUGCAAUCAACCAGUUCACCCAGGCUCUGGACCGCCAGACGGCCACCCAGCUGUUUAAGCUGGCCCACAAGUACAGACCAGAAACCAAGCAGGAGAAGAGGAAGAGGCUGUUGGCCCGUGCUGAACAGAAGGCAGCCGGGAAGGGAGACACCCCCACCAAGAGGCCCCCUGUCCUCCGUGCAGGUGUGAAUACCGUUACCUCUCUGGUGGAGAACAAGAAGGCUCAGCUGGUCGUCAUCGCUCAUGAUGUGGAUCCAAUUGAACUUGUGGUUUUCCUUCCUGCUCUCUGCCGCAAGAUGGGUGUCCCAUACUGCAUUGUGAAGGGCAAAGCCAGACUGGGAAGACUGGUGCACAGGAAAACGUGUACUUCAUUUGCAUUCACACAGGUUAACCCUGAGGAUAAAGGUGCCCUGGCUAAGCUUGUGGAAGCAAUCAAGACCAACUACAAUGACAGAUACGAGGAGAUCCGUCGUCACUGGGGAGGUGGUAUCCUGGGCCCCAAAUCCACAGCCCGCUUCACUAAGCUGGAGAAGGCUAAGGCCAAGGAACUGGCAACCAAGCUUGGUUAAAAUGUUUGGAAUAAAAAUGUAUGUUCUAAUACAA